ACACCAUCUCUUGUGAGCCAGCGGAUUUUCAUUACAAGCUCAUAGAUUGGAAACGGCUUUCUUGCAGUGAUAAAUCAGAGGUCUCCGUCGACUUUGCUGAAGUAGAUUCAGAAGAAAUGACAGACGACAUGGAAAUCAAGCUCAUGUUGGAGGAGUCACUCAUCUCCAGCUCUUGCACUGAAUGCCGGAUAUGCCAGGUCGAGGACUCCGUUAACGAAAUGGAGGCUCCUUGCCGGUGCAACGGCACCCUCACGUUUGCCCACCGAGAUUGUAUCCAGCAAUGGAUCAACUUGAGUUACAAGGCCACUUGCGAAAUUUGUAAGCAGCCGUAUGAGGGUGGCUACAGAAUACCGGUACCGCCGCCAACACCACCACCACGGCAGCCUACCAGGAGGGAGGCCCUGGACGCUAUAAGGGCUAGAAGGGCUCAUGUGGUAGUAGACGCAGAGGUAUAUCAGGCUAGACUAAAUGCGGCUAAUAGUUCCAUUUUAGGUCGAAGUCUUGGAUGCCGCAUUGCUCCAGUCCUUCUAUCGAUUUUCUUUUGUGUUCUUCCAGUUCCUAUGGUUGAAUCUAUGGCGGAAGAUGUUCUCCGAUUCGGAGAUGGUUUGAGGGAUCGAUUAUCUGAAUUUGCACCUGGAGAUCUGUUUGUUGGGCUCUCUCUGUUUGAAACUGGUAUGGGAGCUUUUACUGAGCAUUGGAUUUGGUCAGAUCGUUUGUUUGGUUGUUCCGGCCAUCAUAAAGACGCGCCGAUCUACUAUGGUCAGCAAAGAGCUGCGACUGUGGUUUCCUCCUUGCUGAUGCGAGGGACUCGGGAUGGUUUGGACUCGCCUGCAGCAGGUCCAGCAUGGUCAGCUCUCCUCAGAGAAAACAACUGGGCCGGCAUCCUGGACCCGCUGGACGUCCACCUCCGAACCCUGAUCCUCCGCUGCAGCGACUUCUGCCAAGGCACCUACGAAACCUUCAACAACGAUGCCAACUCCAAGUAUGCCGGGUCCAGCCGCUACGGCCACGCCAACUUCUUCGACAAAGUCAUGCUCCAAGACGCCGCCAACUACGAGAUCGCCUCCUUCCUCUACGCCACCGCACAAGUUAGCGUCCCGGAGGCCUUCCUCCUCCACUCCAUGUCUCGCGAGUCGUGGGACCGCGAGUCUAACUGGAUCGGCUACGUCGCAGUCACCACUGACCAGUACAGCAAGUCCAUCGGCCGCCGCGAAAUCUACGUCGCCUGGCGCGGCACCACCCGCAACUACGAGUGGAUCAAUGUGCUGGGCGCCGAGCUCGUAUCAGCCGAGCAACUGCUCAGGCCAGAGAACAACAACACAGUAAACAAGACCAACUCCUCCACGAAUGAGCUGCUUCCGACGUCCAUGUCCGAUCGCCACCGAGGUUGA